GACAGUAUAAUUCUUCAGUGGGAAUCCCCACAAGAUGGCCAUCAGGUCUACAUACAAAUUGAAUCCAUACCAGAUAAAAGAGAAGUCAUGACUUUUUUUGUAAAGGAUGCUAAUAGAUUCAAGAUUGAUAAUUUAAUCCCUGGAAUGACUUAUGACAUUGGAAUGGCAACAGUGAUGAAUGGGAAUUUGAGUGAGCUGGUAACUAUUCAACAAACUCUAAAGCCCAAACCAGUACAAAUUAUUAUUCCUUAUGAAAGUUAUAGUACCUCUGUAAUCUUAUUUGUUCAAACACCUGAUAUUGGAGUGUUUGAUGGCAUACAGAUUGUAACUGAAGGAGGGCCAAAUGUAACCAGGCCUUUAAAACAUGACAAUAAAAUAACCGUUGACAACUUAACCCCAGGCACAGAAUAUAAUUUCUUUGUUUCCAUCAUCAGUGGGACUAAAUUAAGUGAUGUAUAUUAUGUGCCUGCAGUAAAAACAUGUUUGGAGUCACCAUCAAUUAUCCAUGAGGGCAAAGUUACAGACUCUUCCAUAGAAAUUCUCUGGAAUCGAGCUGAUGGGAAUUUUCAGCAUUAUGAAAUCACAUGCAUAAACUGUGCUGACAUUUUCAUGGUUCAGAAGGUAGUGCAAGAAGCAGCAACAUUCUCUAACCUGGAGCCUGCUACCAUGUACACUUUUUCAAUUCGCACAGAGAAAGAAGGUUUUAAAGACAGCACUCCUAACAUAAAAGAAAUACAGACAGCCCCAAGUGCAGUUGAAUUUAUGAACCAUAGCAGAAACUCAAGUGCAGUAACUGUUAACUGGCCUUCACCCAGAAGUCUUCUGGAUGGGUACAUUAUUUCAAUAUCCAGUGAAAGGUUAACAAAAGAAGAAAUCCUGCCUUCCACAAAAAGGACAUUCACAUUUGAUAACCUUUCUCCAGGGACUGACUUUUCAGUUAGCAUUAUAACUACCAAGGGAUUAAAGAGAAGCCAUCCUAUUGUCCUCAUGGUUAGCACUUGUCCAGACCCACCAUCAGACCUGCUAAUUUUGGGGCAGGAAGAAAACACAAUAUAUUUGUCUUGGAAAUUCCCACAAGGAGGCUUCGAAAAGUUUCAGGUAUCUUAUUGUAUGACAUCUAGAAAGGAAAAGCUAUUUAAAGUAAUUGUUUAUGGAAACAAAGUUCAAGUAAAGAAUUUGACUCCAGGUGUGGACUACAUGUUUCACGUGAAGACAGUUAGAGGCAAAGACUACAGUGUAUCCGUGAUGAAAAAAGUGACUACAAAACCGUCUAAGAUAUGUGGCUUAAUAUUAAAAGCUGUGAAUACUUCUUCUGCAAAUUUAAUGUGGAAUCCAACAGAAACCAACUUCACUCAUUACAAGAUUUAUAUAUCAAACAGAACAUUUGCAAAAGAAUAUUUCAUUUGGGGAAGAAUGACUGAGUACACAGUUACAGAUCUGACUCCUGGUGGGAUAUAUAACAUAACAGUACACAGAGUAAGAGGCAACGUUGAAGGAUCUGGAACAUUUAUCAGCGUUGUUGCAGAGCCGGAAAAGCCAGAGAAACUUAAAGCCUUCAAUAUCUCCGCACAUUCCUUUUCCCUGCACUGGAGCCUGCCCUCCGGCCACGCGGAAGGGUUUCAUGUGGAUCUGGUUCCUGACAGUGGCUUUGUUACUAUCAAAGAUCUUGGAGGCGGAGAGUAUCAGGUUGAUGUUUCCAGUGCUGUCCCUGGCACUAGGUACGAUGUAACAAUCUCUUCAAUUUCUGCUACAACAUAUAGCUCACCUGUUAGUAGAACAGUGACAACGAAUGUAACAAAACCAGGGCCUCCAGUCUUCCUAGCAGGAGAAAGAGUUGGUUCUGCUGGGAUUCUUCUGUCUUGGAAUACACCCCCAAAUCCAAAUGGAAGGAUUAUCUCUUAUGUUGUGAAGUAUAAGGAAGUUUGUCCAUGGAUGCAAACAGCAUAUACACAAGUUAGAGCAAAGCCAGACAGCCUGGAAGUUCUUCUUACUAAUCUUAAUCCUGGAACAACAUAUGAAAUCAAGGUGGCUGCUGAAAACAGUGCUGGCAUUGGAGUGUUUAGUGACCCAUUUCUCUUCCAAACGGCAGAAAGUGCUCCAGGAAAAGUGGUAAAUCUGACGGUUGAGGCCUUUAACUAUUCAGCAGUAAACCUGAUUUGGUACUUACCUCGUCAACCAAAUGGCAAAAUUACCAGUUUCAAGAUUAGUGUCAAACAUGCCAGAAGUGGGAUAGUGGUGAAAGAUGUCUCAAUCAGAGUAGAGGACAUUUUGACCGGGAAAUUGCCAGAAUGCAACGAGAAUAAUGAAUCUUUUUUAUGGAGUACAACCAGCCCUUCUCCAACCCUUAGUAGAGGUACGCCUCCAACGCGUACCACAUAUUCAUCGAACACAUGGGCACGGAGUAAGAUAAGCUCGGUGUGGAAAGAACCUAUCAGUUUUGUAGUGACACAUUUGAGACCUUAUACGACAUACCUUUUUGAAGUUUCUGCUGUUACAACGGAAGCAGGUUAUAUUGAUAGUACGAUUGUCAGAACACCAGAAUCAGUACCUGAAGGACCACCACAAAACUGUGUAACAGGAAACAUUACGGGAAAAUCCUUUUCAAUUUCAUGUGAUCCACCAAUGACAGUAACCGGGAAAUUUAGUUAUAGAGUUGAAUUAUAUGGGCCAUCAGGUCGGAUUUUGGAUAACAGCACAAAAGACCUUAAGUUUGCAUUCACUAACCUAACACCAUUUACAAUGUAUGAUGUAUAUGUUGCUGCAGAAACCAGUGCAGGGAUGGGACCCAAAUCAAAUAUUUCAGUAUUCACUCCCCCAGAAGUGCCAGGUGCAGUAUUUGAUUUACAGCUUGCAGAAGUAGAAGCCACACAAAUAAGAAUUACUUGGAAGAAACCACGACAAGCAAAUGGAAUCAUUAACCAAUACCGAGUGAAAGUGCUAGUUUCAGAGACCGGAGUAAUUUUGGAAAAUACUUUGCUCACGGGAAAAGAGUAUAUAAACAACCCGCUCACUCCAGAAACUGUGAACGUAGUAGAGUCAAUGGCAGAAUUAUUUGAGGGUUCAGCAGAGAUAUCUUCUGACCUGUAUGCAAUUGCUUCAGUUAUGUAUAACAGUCAUCCACAUAAUAACUUUCCUGUGAGGAAUAGAGCUGAAGACCAGCAUUUAACAGUCGGAACUGCAUGGAAUCAGUAUAUCACUGACAUUGCUGCCGAACAGCUGUCUUACGUUAUCAGGAGACUCGUACCUUUCACUGAGCACAUGAUUAGUGUAUCUGCUUUCACCAUCAUGGGAGAAGGACCACCAACGGUUCUCCAUGUGAGGACACUUGAACAAGUGCCAAGCUCCAUUCAGAUUAUAAACUAUAAGAAUAUUAGUUCCUCAUCUAUUUUGUUAUAUUGGGAUCCUCCAGAAUUUCCCAAUGGAAAAAUAACUCAUUAUACAAUUUAUGCAAUGGAACUGGAUACAAACACAGCAUUCCAGAUGACUACUCUAAAUAACAGCUUUCUCAUAACAGGGUUAAAGAAAUACACCAAAUAUAAGAUGAGGGUGACCGCCUCAACUCAUGUUGGAGAAAGUUCUUUGUCUGAAGAAAAUGACAUCUUUGUGAGAACUCUGGAAGAUGAACCAGAAUCAUCACCUCAAGAUGUGGAAGUUGCUGAUGUUACUGCACAUGAAAUAAGUCUGAAGUGGUUACCACCUGAGAAACCCAAUGGGAUUAUUGUUGCUUAUGAAGUUCUCUAUAAAAAUAUGGAUUCCUUAUUUAUGAAGAACACCUCAACAACACACAUAAUUUUAAGGGACUUAAAACCGUAUUCCCUCUAUAACAUUUCUGUGAGGUCAUAUACCAGAUUGGGUCAUGGCAAUCAGUUAUCUUCCUUACUCUCUGUAAGGACUUCUGAGACUGUACCUGGUAGUGCACCAGAAAAUAUUGCUUACAAAAAUAUUUCCUCUGGAGAGAUUGAAAUAUCAUUCCAUCCCCCACGUAAUCCUAAUGGAAUCAUACAAAAAUAUACAAUUUAUCUCAGGAGAAGUAAUGGAAAUGAGGAAAGAACUAUAGAUACAACCUCUUUGAUCCAGAACAUUAAAGGACUGAAGAAAUAUACCCAAUAUAUAAUUGAAGUGUCUGCUAGUACACUCAAAGGUGAAGGAGUUCGGAGUGCGCCAAUUAGUGUGCUGACAGAAGAAGAUGCUCCUGAUUCUCCCCCCCAUGACUUCUCUGUGAAACAGUUGUCUGGUGUCAGGGUGAAGUUGUCAUGGAAACCACCCCUGGAGCCAAAUGGAAUUAUCCUCUAUUACACAGUUUAUGUCUGGGAUAGGUCAUCAUUAAGAACUAUUAAUGUAACUGAAAUAUCAUUAGAGUUUUCAGAUUUGGACUAUAAUGUUGAAUAUAACGCAUAUGUAACAGCUAGCACCAGAUUUGGUGAUGGGAAAAAAAGAAGCAAUAUUAUUAACUUUCGAACACCUGAGGGAGCACCGAGUGAUCCCCCAAAAGAUGUUCAUUAUGAAAAUAUCAGUUCUUCAUCAAUAAUUCUCUUUUGGAAGCCACCUUCAAAACCUAAUGGGGUUAUACAAUAUUAUUCUGUUUAUUACAGAAAUACUUCUGGUACUUUUGUGCAGAAUGUUACACUCCAUGAAGUCACCAAUGACUUUGACAAUAUGACCGUAUCUGCAAUAAUAGAUAAACUGGCAAUAUUCAGCUACUAUACAUUUUGGGUAACAGCAAGUACUUCAGUUGGAAAUGGGAAUAAAAGCAGUGACAUAGUUCAAGUAUACACAGAUCAAGACAUACCUGAAGGGCCUGUUGGAAACCUGACUUAUGAGUCCAUUUCGUCAACUGCAAUAAAUGUAAGCUGGGGCCCACCACCUCAACCCAACGGUCUAGUCUUCUACUAUGUCUCUCUGAGCUUACAGCAGACUCCUCGCCACGUAAGACCACCUCUAGUUACGUAUGAGACAAGCAUGUAUUUUGAUAAUCUGGAAAAAUACACUGAUUAUAUAUUAAAAAUCACUCCAUCAACCGAAAAGGGAUUUUCUGAUACCUAUACUGCCCAGCUACACAUCAAAACUGAAGAAGAUGUCCCAGAAACUUCACCAAUAAUCAACACUUUUAAAAACCUUUCCUCUACCUCAGUUCUCUUAUCAUGGGAUCCCCCAGUAAAACCAAAUGGUGCCAUAAUAAGUUAUGAUUUAACUUUACAAGGACCAAAUGAAAGCUAUUCUUUCAUUACUUCUGAUAACUAUAUAAUAUUGGAAGAGCUCUCACCAUUUACACUAUAUAGUAUUUUUGCUGCUGCAAGAACUGUAAAGGGACUCGGUCCUUCCAGUGUUCUUUUCUUUUACACAGACGAGUCAGUGCCUUUAGCACCUCCUCAAAAUUUGACUUUAAUCAACUACACUUCAGAUUCUGUGUGGCUGCAGUGGAGCCCAAGUCCCGUGCCAGGCGGUAUUGUUAAAGUAUAUAGUUUUAAAAUUCAUGAACAUGAAACUGAUACUAUAUUUUAUAAGAAUAUUUCAGGCUUUCAAACUGAAGCCAAGCUUAUUGGACUGGAGCCAGUCAGCACCUACUCUAUCAGCAUCUCUGCCUUCACCAAAGUGGGAAAUGGCAAUCAAUUUAGUAAUGUACUAAAAUUCACAACCCAAGAAUCAGUUCCAGAUGUUGUACAGAACAUACAGUGUGAGGCAACUAGCUGGCAGUCCGCUUUAGUGAGGUGGGACCCACCCCGAAAGGCAAAUGGAGUGAUUACACAUUAUAUGAUAACAGUUGAGAGGAAUUCUACAAAAGUCUCACCCCAAGAUCACAUGUAUAUGUUCAUGAAACUUCUUGCCAAUACCUCAUAUGUCUUUAAAAUAAGAGCUUCAACCUCAGCGGGCGAAGGCGAUGAAAGUACUUGCAAUAUCAGCACGCUGCCUGAAACAGUUCCCAGUGUUCCCACAAAUAUUGCUUUUUCUGAUGUUCAGUCAACUAGUGCAACAUUGACAUGGAUCAGACCUGACACUAUCUUCGGUUACUUCCAAAAUUAUAAGAUUACCACUCAACUUCGGGCUCAAAAUUGCAGAGAAUGGGAAUCUGAAGAAUGUAUCGAAUAUCAAAAAAUUCAAUACCUCUAUGAAGCUGACCUAACUGAAGAGACAGUAUAUGGCUUAAAGAAAUUUAGAUGGUACAGAUUUCAAGUGGCUGCCAGCACCAAUGCCGGCUAUGGCAAUGCUUCAAGUUGGAUAUCUGCACAAACCCUGCCUGGCCCUCCAGAGGGUCCUCCUGAAAAUGUGUAUGUAGUAGCAACAUCACCUUUUAGCAUCAACAUCAGCUGGAGUGAACCUGCUAUCAUUACUGGACCAACGUUCUAUCUGAUAGAUGUUGAAUCGGUAGAUAGUGAUGAAUUUAAUAUUUCCUUAAUCAAGUCAAAUGAAGAGAAUAAAACCAUAGAAAUUAAAGAUUUAAAAAUAUUCACAAGGUAUUCUGUGGUGAUCACUGCAUUCACUGGAAAUGUUAGUGCGGCUUAUGUAGAAGGAAAGUCAAGUGCUGAAGUGAUUGUUACUACUUUAGAAUCAGUCCCUAAGGAUCCACCUAACAACAUGACAUUUCAGAAGAUACCAGAUGAAGUGACAAAAUUUCAGUUAACAUUCCUUCCUCCUUCUCAACCCAAUGGAAAUAUCCAAGUAUAUCAAGCUUUGGUUUACCGAGAAGAUGACCCUACUGCUGUGCAGAUUCACAACCUCAGCAUUAUCCAGAAAACGGACACAUCCGUUAUCGCAAUGUUAGAAGGACUGAAAGGUGGACAUACAUACAAUAUCAGUGUUUAUGCAAUCAAUAGUGCUGGUGCAGGACCAAAGGUUCAGAUGAGAAUAACUAUGGAUAUUAAAGCUCCAGCACGACCAAAAACCAAACCAACCCCUAUUUAUGAUGCCACAGGAAAAUUGCUGGUGACUUCAACAACAAUUACCAUCAGAAUGCCAAUAUGUUACUAUAAUGAUGAUCAUGGGCCCAUCAAAAAUGUACAAGUGCUUGUAGCAGAAGCUGGAGCUCAGCAUGAUGGAAAUGUAACAAAGUGGUAUGAUGCAUAUUUUAAUAAACCAAAGCCAUACUUUACAAAUGAAGGCUUUCCUAAUCCUCCGUGUACAGAAGGAAAGACAAAGUUCAGUAGCAAUGAAGAAAUCUACAUCAUAGGUGCUGAUCAUGCAUGUAUGAUUCCUGGCAAUGAAGACAAAAUUUGCAAUGGACCUCUGAAGCCAAAAAAGCAAUACUUAUUUAAAUUUAGAGCCACAAAUGUCAUGGGACAAUUUACUGACUCUGAUUACUCUGACCCUGUUAAGACUUUAGGUGAAGGACUUUCAGAAAGAACUGUGGAGAUUAUUCUUUCAGUCACUUUGUGUAUCCUUUCAAUCAUUCUUCUUGGAACAGCUAUUUUUGCAUUUGCAAGGAUUCGUCAGAAGCAGAAAGAAGGUGGCACAUACUCUCCUCGAGAUGCAGAAAUUAUUGACACUAAAUUCAAGCUGGACCAGCUAAUCACAGUGGCAGACCUGGAACUGAAGGACGAGAGAUUAACGCGGCCGAUCAGCAAGAAAUCCUUCCUACAACAUGUUGAAGAGCUUUGCACAAACAACAACCUAAAGUUUCAAGAAGAAUUUUCGGAAUUACCAAAAUUUCUUCAGGAUCUUUCUUCAACUGAUGCCGAUCUGCCUUGGAACCGAGCAAAAAACCGCUUUCCAAACAUAAAGCCAUAUAAUAAUAACAGAGUGAAGCUGAUAGCUGAUGCUAGUAUUCCAGGAUCGGAUUAUAUUAAUGCCAGCUAUGUUUCUGGUUACUUAUGUCCAAAUGAAUUUAUUGCUACUCAAGGUCCAUUACCAGGAACAGUUGGGGAUUUUUGGAGAAUGGUUUGGGAAACCAGAGCAAAAACAUUGGUAAUGCUAACACAGUGUUUUGAAAAAGGGCGGAUCAGAUGCCAUCAGUAUUGGCCAGAGGACAACAAACCAGUUACGGUGUUUGGAGAUAUAGUGAUCACAAAGCUAAUGGAGGAUGUUCAAAUAGAUUGGACCAUCAGGGAUCUGAAAAUUGAAAGGCAUGGGGAUUGCAUGACUGUCCGACAGUGUAACUUUACUGCUUGGCCUGAGCAUGGGGUUCCUGAAAACAGUACUCCAUUAAUUCACUUUGUGAAGUUGGUUCGAGCAAGUCGAGCACAUGACACCACACCUAUGAUUGUUCACUGCAGGCACAGUAUAUCUUCUUACACCAGUGUAUUCUGGAUCUCCUAUCAAGUAAAGGAAGUAACCAGCCCAUCUGUUUUGUUAACUAUUCAGCACUUCAGAAGAUGGACUCUUUGGAUGCAAUGGAAGGUGAUGUUGAGCUUGAAUGGGAAGAAACCACCAUGUAAAUAUUCAGACCAAAGAUUACAACCAGAAGAUAUUUUCAAAUCCCAGGGGCCAAAAUUACCCCUCAUUCUUCUGAAUUGAAAUGAGCAUACUUAAAGAAAUGUUUAUGCUUGCCUUACUGUGCCUUGCUAAAUACAUUGACAUUUUAUGAAUAGUUCUAAUAAGUAGCUGAUUUAGGAUAGUUAAUUCUCUUGUACAGAAUAAAUAUUAUUCAUUUAAAAUGUUUAAGAAAAGAUAUCCCAGAGGUUUUUGAAGUCUUUCAUAUUUUGGGAAUAAGCCAAAAAUAAAAUUAUUAUUACUAUAGCAUUAAUGUUUCCAUGUGAAUUUUCCCUCCAUAUUGGACUUACGCUUGAACAAAAGCUGUAAAUGUUGAUUCAGUCAUGUUAUUUUGGCCUCCAGGGUGUUGACGUUUCUUGUGGAUAACUUCCAGGACUGUCAUUAUGAUCUGUACUUCCACGCAUGCCCCUGUGUUUUGAAUCCUCUGUUUUAUGAGUGCUGAGAUAUCAUCUCAUGAUCUCGAACAGCUGAACAGUAACCCCUGACACUGCAGGGAUUACUUAGCUUUUAUACAACACACAGUAGCUCUUCGGGGACACUGAGGGCUAUUUAAAUUGCACUGUGAUCUUUAGUUUGAAACAAGAAAAAUUAAACAGUGCACUUGCUUAUAUGAAGCUGGAGAGGACUUUUCUAGUUUAUCUACAUUUGUACAUGUUCAGGCACAAGCUGCACCACUAUAUUGUAUAUUUCAAUAUACGGUUAAAUGUCUCAGAGUAUUUGUCCAUUAGCUAUUUAGUCAACCCAAUAUUAUCAAUUUUGAAGGUUUCUUCAGCAGAAAUCUAUAAAAACAAUAAUAAAAACAUGUAAUGUGUUGCAAGCUUGUAAACUAAUGAUGUGCUCCUGUGGUGCCAAUAGAGACUUCUGAAUAGGUCACAAGAAAUGGUCUUUAUUUUAUUCCCAAGUUUGGGUUUGAUUAUUAAGGAGUAUAUUUGGUGGAACUGAAAACAAAAAAUCAACCAAGUAACAGCAAAUUAGAGAUUUUUUAAAAAAGAAAAUAUUUCAGCCUCCUUUUUGUUAGAUAGUAACAAUGUAUUAAGUUUUGAAUUAUAUGGUAUUUUGUCAUAGAUUUCAAUUGAGUCAUAAAACAAAAUAAUGUUAAUUAUUCUAUUUCUUUCAUGAUAAGAAUUAUAUCUUAUGCAUAUUUCUGCUGGCAUAUAAAUAUAGGAAAUAUUAUGGCCAAUAAAAUUGAAUUUUAAGGAAUUGAGAUAUUUUGCAGCAUGAUUUCAGAGAUCCUUAUAAAUAGAAAUUUGAUUUUCUAUCACAUUUAUGAUAUAAUUGAUAAUUAUCAUAAUGUAAUUAAAUAUAUGUAAGUACAAUAUAAUUUAGUAUAAAUAACUAAGAUAAAAUCAUUUCCUUUGAUACCUAUAGAUAGUAAUUUUAAAACUGAAUUUAUUAUCCAAGAAAUUAAAUCCAUAAUCUUGCAAGAAGUCCUGCCUCCUGUUUUGUCAGGGCAAGGCAGUAUAAAUAAAUGUAGUUCAUGAUUGUUCCAACUAACAAGUUUAUUUUAUAGAAAGUUACAUAAAUAAUAAGAUAUGAUGAGAACUCUAAAAGAUUCCGUUGGAAUUCAAAGUUCUUCAGCGUGCUUCAUGGUCACUGAAAAUGUGUGGCGUGCCGAUACUUACGGAUGUGGGUUUUGUAUUUGUAGAAGACAGAUAACAGCCUGUGAAAAAUAUUGAUGUGGCUACUUUUCAAUGCAUUAACUAAGAAAAUAAACAGCUCAAUCUGCAAGUCAGUCAAUUUUCUGUAAUAUAUGUAUAAAAGAUAUAUGUACAACAUAGAGGAUCAGAUUUGACCCAUAUGCAUAUGUGUGCAUAAAACACAUUUACUAUGAGGCCUCCUCUAAACAGUGCUUAUCAAAAUUUAAUGUGUAUUCAAAUCUGAAGAUUGUGUUAAAAUGCAGAUUCUGCUUUAGUAGAUCUAGGAUGGGACCUGAGAACCUUCAUUUCUAGCAAGUACUAAAGUUAUGUUGUUGUCUGAUCUUAGACCCUUGAAUAGUAACUCUCUAAAAGACAUUAGGAUCAGAAUAAUUUCAUGUCCACCUGAAAUUAUUUAAAACAUGUUUUAAAAAGACACUUGGCUUUAUUAUCAGAAAAAAAUUAUAACAGAGCACCUGUUAAGUGUGAAUAGGUUGCUAACUAUAUCACAAAGCUGUAACUGAAUUGAUACAUAUUAACCAUGGCUAA